AUGCUUGGGCUCUUCACAUCCCGCGCAACCAGCCUCUCCGCCGUCAGCAAGAGCAUGGAGGAGUCGAAACAGCAACCGCCACCAACGCCGCUUGGAGAGAGUCAGACCUCGUCCGAGAUGCCCUCCUUGCCUCCUUCAGGAACGAUUGCGCACCCACGUUUCGACCGAGAGCCUUCUUUCGGAUCGACAAGGACCAGCACUGGCACCAACACGAGCUCUACAAGUGCAAGCACGGGCAGCGCCAUUCCGGACACCGCACGCAGCACCAGGAGCUUGUUCACCAGCCGCACCACGAAGUCCAUCCCGCGUGACCUUCAGCGGAAGCUUCUUGCCAAAAGUUUCCUUGAAGACAAUGGGUUUAUGCACGUCAACGAGGCGAAGCACUCCUGGGGUCGCACUCGCUAUCCCCUGCAUGUUGCCGUGCAGCAAAAGAAACCUGCAAUUGUGAGGGCUCUCCUCCGCCUUGGUGCGCGGCCCACCUGCAAAACCAACCGGGGCCUGACGCCGCAGGCACUGGCCAUGCGGCUUCAAAGUCGCUGGGGCGGGUACCAGGAGGUCUUGGACGUCUUCGAGGAACUCGGAGAUCACGAAAUUCGUUUGCAACGCCGGGCGGUUACGACCAGCCAGCUCAGUGAUGGCUCCAUUGAUCGAACCGCAGACCUUUUGACAACAGCUCAGGUCGCAUGA